AUGAUUACCUUUCAAGGUCAGGGAUAUAACCUCCUCACGCCGGACAAAUUGCAUGUUGCAAACUGGCUCAGGACCCUUCCACCAAACACUACGACUCAGGGUUACGAGUCACCCCUCUCCUCUGUCAAGCAGCUGAAAUCACCGGUGCGACAAGAGUCGGUCCGGUGCGAACCAUCUCGGAGCUUGUUGACGUCCCUCAAUACGAUCACCACUUCUGCUGCCCCGCUGGCGAUGGCCGAACCCGAUCAGGGAGAUACCGGCCCGAUAAACUUUACGGGCGAUCUACUGACUUCCCGUGGUUUGCCCCGCCCUCUAGAGAAACCGCGUCCCACCCUCUGCAAGACUGACUCCAGUCCUGCGCUCAGUGACCUCGAAACAAAACCCAAGACUACGACUGAAAAUCAGGUACGUAAACACUUAUCGACCCAAGCACAUCAUCUUAGGCGUUAAACCACUGUCAGGGCACUGAUUUGUUUUGGUGGGAGCACAGUGGCUGUGACACCUUGCACCAAUCCCAGGUUUUUAUACGUCAAUCUAUUUCUAAACCUACUUUUUUGUCCAGGCAAUUAGCCUUCUGCUUUGCAGUCCUUUCCACCCACCGUCUUUAUUCAUUUCACCAGGGCUGGCCAUCAAAUUUCCGCCAAACUUGCACAUAGGCCAAACAUAUUUCCUCAUCUAAUUCCAGGGGUGGAAGCCAAGUGUGCACAUCAGGCAACCAUACUAUCUCGACACUACUAUACCCGCCGCUGUUGCCCAAUGUUUAGAGGACUUAGAUUAUGUGCACUUGGAGAGUGCCGGGAGAAAGUGGAGUAAAAUUCUGCCAAUACUGUGCAAGAUGACGUGGUACUGAGAUUCACGUCACAUUGGUGAUCUGCACUAGUAUGAUAACAGUACUUACUGUGCUUGCGCUGCCACCAACGACCCAGUCGCCCUGGAUACUGUGGGUAAAAUUAGGAUGUCGAGUUUAAAACUCGAAACCGAAGAACUGAGGCUUCUUUGACUAGUGAAAUAUGAGAGGUACUGACGACUGUUACUAACGUUGGGGUAAUUUUCGCCGCGUCUUCUGUGUGGCUCCGUCCACCGGGCCUCCUCUGCCACCUUGGAAGACUUACCCCAAAGACUUUACUCCUAGUUCACAAACUAAAAAAUACUUAGUAAUGGAGAGCUGGAGUACUCAUAUGCCAACGACUACAUAAGGUGCGUUGAGGGGCCAAACGGUAAGCCGAACUCCUCGCCUAUGUGUCAUAGAUCGACACGAAAUGCGCAAAAUGCAUUUCUAGGAUUUCUGGGUGUUAUUACUACUUGGACUGUGGUCGAUCAAUCUCACGCCGAACCAUUACCGAAGCCCCCAACUUCCCUCUCUGGCACCUACUGUAGCGCUAUGCCCACUCUCUCCCCUAGACCUCUGCCUGUUGAUCUUAUGUCUGGACCCCGUAAAGGUCUACUAAGACAUUCCCACAUCUCUCUAUUCAUUUCGCCUGACGAUAAUUUGGUGAUACCAGCAUGAAAGGACAUAAGUACAACCCGAUUUCUUGCGGAGAACCUCAUCUUUUUUUCCUUUUACGGUCUCAUAUUGCGUUCUACUUUAUAUAUAUGCGGAGAAGGGAAUACCGACAGAGACAAGGAGACUGGGUUGAACCUCUCUAGCUUAUUAGCCGUUGUUUGUCGCCCAUACCAAAUCCCGGAGCAGGAUGACCUGGGAUUCGGCCCCGGAUUUUUUGAUCAUUGAACGUGAAGUGGUCUAACGUUCUACCAUCGAGCCACAGCCCAUUGUCAUGUCGGUUCUGAUCUGAAAUAUUGACUAUGAUGAACGGACGUUCACCGAUCAGGUUACGAAACAUGUUCGUGCCGUUGUGCCUUCGAGCCCAAUCUAGAGUCCUCGCAGGUAAUAGCAUAGUGCCUAGUGGAAAUGCAGAUAAGGGAUAGCGCACUGUCCAAUGAAACCGUGUCCGAACCUCGGGUCCCGCUAACUCGGAGUUUGUUAUGCCUGGCUGACGAUGGCUAACAAGCCGGAAAUGGUCGCCCUGGCCCCCCUUAUCCUUUUCGAAAACUCCCUUCCCCUUAUUUGAAUAUACUUCUUAUCUCUGUGCAACUUUCCGCGAGGGCUCUGGGUUGCAGCACAAGGAACAACGGAACAAGCACGCCCCGUAACAUGGUUUGUGACCGCCCCUCUGUCAUAGUUAAUGUUUCCGGUCACAACCGACAGGACAACGGGCCUGUGACUCAGCGAUAGAACGUUAGACUUACUAACGCUGAAUAACUAAAAGAACGCGGGUUCCAACCUCAGGCACUCCCCAACCUGGAGUUGGGUAAGACUGACUGGCGGCGACUAAUAAGCCAGAAAUGGUCAUUCCACUCUCUCUUGUGUUUUUCGGAUUUCCCUUCCGCAUAUAUUCCUGGCCUUUAUGCUUUUGCCCGGAGACACAAAUGGACGUGCUCCUAAUGGGUGCAUCACCCUCUCUUAUCAUUGGUCCUUAUCUCAUGCGCAAGUAGUGCCUUGUAUGGCACUUGCAGGUUGGUCCUACGGUUGAUCGAGUUGGCAGCAAAUUGCCAGGCUUCGAUUAUCUCUCUUUCGCCAGCCUGCUUUUGGAUCAGCCAAGUGCUUGGGCACUGUCAAGGUUGUGCAUCUUUCCGCAUUGUGGUUAGGGCAUGCUCAUGCAUGGACGUUCUUAGUCGUCUGUCAGUCAUGCCGCAGUGGUUGGCCAGGCAGUCUAGACAGUGGACGCGGUAAACAACUCCCGACAUGUCAAGUGGUAGCUGAUCUUUGGGCCGCAUGAGUGAACGGCGGUUAGUGGCCUCCGGCCAGUGUCUGAAGCCCACGUUGAGUAGUUUGGCAUGCGCUCAGAAGCUUCGGUGACGUAGGGCAAAGCACGAAAGAUUUCAAGCCUUUGUUUUUUCCGUCAUCCUUCAUGCGCAUUCCGUACAAGCAUUUUUUAUGAAGCCACACGAGUAUCCAGUGCUGCAGUGAAUGUUCCUGUGGCUAAGGGAUGUCCGGACGCAACUACGUGUAUGCGAAAGUGGAUGCUUGCUGUUGUAUUCGAGCCGUCUUUUCAAAGACACCUGUCUGGAAGGUUUCAUCCCCCUGCCUCGACACCUGGACAUCCUUUUCUUUCUCAAUUUUGAAUCGAGUUUGGGGAAAAUUGAGUUCAAUUCCCUCUUUAAAGGUCCCUUUUGCGUCCCGAUGUAGGAUGACGAAGGUGUCGUCCACGUAAUGCCUCCUGAACUUCGUGUUGUGGGACCGAAAGACUCCAGUUUUCAGCUCCUUAACGAGUAGUCGAAAAUCUGGGUUUCUUGGAUUCUCGCGUAAGCGUGGCCGCUUAACGUGAAGUACGUGCUUGAGCUGCAGAUCAGUGGCUCCAUCGCGUGCUUCCUGUUAAGGGAUUUUCCCUCUUCAUCGUACCUUUUCUCCAGUAGGUUACUGACGACCCUCAUGGCCAAUUCCUAAGGGAUAGGGGUAGGCAGAGAGACUCCAAAAGAUCUUUUUAUUCCCUAGGGGACUAUUAUGACACUUUGCGGUUUUCCAGGAAGUGCGCUGAGGAUACAGCUGUGUUCCGAACCUUCUGCCAGUCUCUUUAAAUGCUCGCCAAGCCAGUUAGCCAGUCCUUGGUUUGGUCACCUUUCAGCGGCACGAUUGGCCAUGGGAAAAUAUCUGGUUUUUUGACUUUGCUAAACCAUAAGGACGCGCGAUGGCCGUAUCUUUUAUUUAUAUCUGUCUUCAACCGUUUGUAGAUGUUACCUGUUGGUCCCUCACUAGAUUCGGAUUCUUGCGUCAGAGGUUAGAGUCGAGGGCUUUAUAUGACUGGCUAUAGUUUAAUGGCUCCAGAGAUAUUACCACGAACACUGACUUGUCCAAGAUGACGGUUGUCCGCCCUUUGCCCGCCGGAACAAUCACAAUUCCCUCGUCCCUCUUUAAUCCCCAAGUGACCUCUACCUCGGCUGCGGAAAUCGUUCGACGUGGUCUGUGGGAUAUGAUGACAGAUGCGACUCGUUGGCGAAUCGAGCUCUUGGAGUCCUCUAUAGCCCUCUUUUUUGAGAGUGUCGUCUCCAGAGCAGCGAUAGAAUCCUCUGGAUGCGCGUCUCCUGUGUUGAAGCCAGAUUCGUUUUUGAAACACUUUAAUCUAGUUAUUCGCCAUCUGUUUGAGUGAUAUGUUGUGCUAAGCUUUGCAUCUUCCUUCUGAGCACACCUUUACAUUGACUCUUUCACACCUGCUCACAUCGUUUUAGUCAAUGUGCUGCCGUCUUUCAUGCCAUCCGAAAACUUGGUUAACCUGUGACCCUGGAGAGCGGUGGCAAACGCCGGGUGCGUGGUAAGCCGAGGGUGGGCGGUACCAGCCAUUGCGGCUGUCCAAAAAACGCUGGCCUGGUCAGCUCAUGAAUCAUGUGACUGUCACACCUCGGAAGAAAUUCUCCACCGAACUUGUGUAUGAUGCUCUUGUCGCUCUGAUCGAGCGUCGGCUGUGCGGCUACUGUUGAUUUGCAUUCGGCCAAACGAGUUACAACUGGUGACCGGACCGACGAGUCCGGUCCGUGAUAAGGAAUCAAAACCGCGUGUGUUCGUUCCGUCCACGUGCUUCCGCGCCCGUCUGAUUCAUGGCCUGUGCCCAUGUAGUGCCCCUGGUGAAUCAUUCACCCCGAUUCCGAGGCGGCUGCUGCGCGUCGUGACUUAGUUUGCGGCUUAUAGGUCUUACUGUCAAAGGGGGACGUCGCGUUCCCAUCCCUAUGAUGGGGCUGAGGUAGUACACGUAUCACAUGUGGCCUCGUGCUAUAUUCCAGGGGGUUGUAGUCGCCGUUAAUGUUUGGAUUAGGACUACGGUUAGGGUUACGAGGGUUAGGGUCGGAGUUAUUGCUAGGCUUAUGAUUCAAGGUAAGACAUGGGUAUAGACAAUUCCCCGGAAUUUAGCCCAGAGCCGUCUCUGGUACGGGAUGUCCAUAUUCCCGUGUCAAACGGGAAUGUGGUUGUAACAAAUAAGUUGUGGGGGUGUGAACGCAAUGCGCUACAGUAGUCAGGCCAAAUUCAAAAUUGUAAGGAGAAGACAGAAGGCACCAGAUUGAGGGUUUAAUGUAUGCAGAACCGGUAGUUGUCCUCUCAGGCGUCCGCGACCUCUAUUGACUGCAUCCAGUCGUGCCCGAGACUCCCUGAGACAGUGGUGGCAGCCGCUUUGGCAGCCUCGUGAGACAAGCUCAACUUGUGUUUAAACGGUGUGUGUUGUAUUUGGCGAGGGGCGGUGUCCCAGUGGCGUACGUUGUUGGUUGCAAGGGCGUGGCGUGUCCAAGUGGCGCAUGGGCAGCUGCGACUCUGUGGGGACGCAAUUGUGCCCGAUCUGAAGUCGGUCAAGUGACUUCAGAUCAGCUCGUCUGGGACGGCUCGCUGCAAGGGGUGAAUGACUUUGAGGCAGCGACGUCUUGAACAAUGACCCCAGACCGGUCAUGAUGGCUGGCCGCUACAUGUUCGCAAAGCCGUGCGCCCUCAGGUGCGCUCCUCCCGUUUUGCUGUGUAACUCCAACCUGGAACCACCGUAGACGGUCGCAUGGCAACAAACGCUCAGUAAUUUAGAUGAAAAUGGAGGUUGGGCUUGGUUGUCGUCACCACCUAUCCAUACCCCAACCUCAAACCCGGAAGACCUGUAAUUCGGACCUGGCUUUAUCUGCCGAUCGUGCGCUUUACUAAAACGACGUACAACGUUACGCCCAUUUUUCUCAUUCUACCAUGAACGCUGUUUGUAACUUAUGGGCAGGAUUACAACAGAUAAUUUAUUAAGUGUUUAAAUUGUGGCCUUUUAUUUCGAAGAGGCCCAUCAACCAAUUUCUCCUUAGGAACGUCCGUCUCGACAGUCAACUAUCUGGCUGGUAUUCUAACAUGUUUCCUCAAACAUCCUUAGUGAGUUUCUUUUCUUAAUUUUUAUAAAUCUACUGCUCCUGUGCACUUGACUGAAAGUCUUACGGUGGCACUUGUUGUGCGCCCGGCACGGCAAUGUGUAAAUUCGAAGGAAGGGUGGAGCUCGAUCUUUCGAAAGCUCCGUGAGAGUGGAGUUGGUCGUCGCAUGGCCGUCUUCACUUUCAUUUUGUCCACACAUUCUGGCUUCUUCACGCCAUGCCGUAAAUCAUGCAAUAAAUAAAGAUCCUCUUCCUGCAUAUUGUAACCUCUCGGUUGGAUUGUCGCAUUCACUUACCCCCAGAUUACUGGCCUGAUACUGAUAGAAAUUAUUGGGGGCAGUUUUCAAAGGUUUCUAACUGCUAACAUGCAAAACACAUUUACAACUUUUGCCCUGAAUGCCAAGUUUGGGAGUGAAAAUUAUUACGACCGCUCCAUGGUGAUGAGGGUUCAUCUAGAUUCCGAUGUUCCGUAACAAUUUCCCUGGGCUGGCCAUUUCAGAUGAACAUGAUAACUUCAGUUCGGUGGUUGAGGGACGAAAGCUUAGCUUGUGACGGACCCCUACUCGCAGCAAAGCCUCCGAUAACGACCAAAAUUUACAAGCAGACCUAAGUGCGCAGUUACGAAGUCCCGAGCCACCGAACCCGUGCUUAUUCUCAAAAACCUCGAUCGUCCAUGCGCCCUGACCUAUUUCACUUGCGAUCGCCGCCUUCAUUUUUAUGUUGGCCAUAUCGCUUAAUAUUCACCUCAGUUUUGGAUCCAUGGAUACCAGGACUCAGGCCCUGUUUUUCUAUUUGUCUUGACGGAGCCGUCCACCCGCCUCUUUAGGUUUUGAACGACAAUGCUGGCGCCUGUAACCAACUCAUGUGCGACUCUGAAUCAGCCCUAGACGAGGCCUUAAUUGCUCCGUACAUAAGAAACUGGCCAUUCGUAGUUUAUGUCCUCCACUUUUUAUCAGAAAACCAAGAGGCCGAAGACCGUUUAAGAUGCCAUUCUCGGACGCACUAUUAAUGGAUUGUGGAAGCUAAGGAGCAUAAUGCGCAACACCUGUUUCGGUUCUGAAGUCGGAAUGAAGUCGACGUGAUAUGUGCUUCGGAUAUCGACGGAUGCAAUCUGUGGGCUAUCAGUAGACCUAUUUUUAAGGACAUAGUCAACACGACUUUCAUCGAUUGCGUAGAUCUCUCAGAAGAUUUCGCGGUGUGCAGUGUUUACUGUCCGUUUAGCCACAGAACCCCAAUUCAACGUGAUCGUUAUGGUUAAUAUUAAAAACUGUUACAGUUCGUUGUUCUUUGGCUUGGACGAGUAACUACAACCCUAACUUCAUGGAGGAGUCCAUUUUUCAAAGAAACAGUAGGUCAUGCUCUUCAUGCAUGUAGACCCUCUUCAUUUAAAGCACUCUGAAAUUCUGUUGAAGUACCCCCGACUUUGGUUUUUAUUAUACCUUUAUGAAAACUUGGAGAGGCUAAGUUUCUACAACUUGUCUGAGAAGUUGCGGCUUUGGCCAUAGUAUGACCUCUAAAAAUAAGUUAGCAAAGUCCAACGGAAACUUUUACGGGUAAGGAAAAAAUAAAAUUGGUAACAGGGAUCACUAGUCUAGUCUGCCUGAGCUUCUUUAACAUUUUGCUGUAUCUGCGCUUAAUCAACUGGUAUCUCUUGUACCUCAAGCUAAUCCCGCAGAUUACAAGUUGAAAAGCGAUUAAUAUUUAUCUGCAACGGCUGAACCGACCAUUCUCUUCCACUCACUCGGAGUGCCACACACCGGCUUGCCUCUCAACCGACACGGUCCCAGUUUCACUGCCAAUUAUGUCUUAUCAGUGUUGGUUUCCAGAAAAGCAAUUAAAUUCGGUCAUCUGAAGGAGAAUUUUAUUCAUCUGAAAUUUCGGAUUCAUUCCCCAACCUAUCACUACCACAGACAGCAGGAGGAGGUAGCAGAUGCCCAGACGUUGCAGUAUUUACAUUCGGCACAUCCUACCCCUUACGAUUUCACCACCGGUUAGUGUGAUAAGUACUCAACCACCAGGAAGUGCUGUUCGCCCACGCAUUCCUCACGCAUUAGGAAUUACUUUGCUCAAACAGUCUUGCCAGUGAAUUGAGAAGGCAGUAAUUGACCUCAUUUGCAGAGUAUGGACCAGAUAACUUUGACUCAAGCAACUCCCCGCGUUUCUGUAAGAUCGCGUUAUGCCCGCGCCCCCCUUUAGCCGUCUUGACAGAAGACAGAGUGCGGUGGGUGCUGCGAAAAUCCGCACCCACCACGCUGUGGGGCACGCGAUGGACUUCGUCGCUUCUGACAGUAGAACUGUCGCAACAUUGCGUUAGGCUUGAGCUAUCCGAACCCGACUCUUAGUCCAGCGGACCGAGAUAUCUCUUCAGUCUUCAACCCUCAAGCUGGGAUUUCAACCUCCUCCUCCUCCUCCUCCCUCUGUGAUGGUUCAAAAGUAUCCCGGAUUCUUGUCAUUAGGAUCAGUUCGGUUCUGUCAUUGCGUGGUUUAGUCAGAUCGACUGAAUAAGAGGUCGUGCCCAUCCUAUGGCUGGCAUAAGCCAUCAACCUCUUAUGCAGCACCGCUUUAGUCUGUCGCAGCAGUGCAGUGUGUUUUUGACCCACAACCAGGCGUUGUACUUAGCUUUUUCCUUACUAAUUUUCCAUAAAAUAUUUUCCUUUUCUUCCUCUCACUUGAAGUCACAUUCUAAUUGCUUAACUUCAUUCAAUUCUUUAUUUCAUUGGCCUUCCACCGACAGGCCUGCAGCCCCUUCCUCGAAAAAUCCUGGGGAGGCGGCAUCCAGAACAAGAGCCUAACUACCCCCGGUGCCGUUAACACCUUAUCCGCCCCGACCAAACGACGCCUUCUGGAGGCUGAAACUCUGCCCCCUAACGGUUUUGUUCAUAUGGCAAACGGAGAAUUCACCUCUGGUUGUAACUGGCGUCUCUCCGGUGGACCUUUCAACGGUUUUGCUGAACACUGCGAGUCGCAGGAGCCCCUCAGACGUGAGCAAUUUUCGAGGUCCUACUAUCCUAGCCCGGAGCGGCAUUACUACGGUCGCGGCCUGGCGGAGCAGAGGACGAAUUUGUCCAAGUCUGCCGACUUUCAUAUCCUGAACACAGUAAAGGGCCAGAAAACGUCCGCGGAAGAGCCGAAAAAACGUGGUGAGACUGCGUCUUGCUGGGCAGAAAUUUACUAGCAAAAUUCCGUCCCAUCAUUUAUACGAAACGCUGAAGCUUCCUAGAUUUGCAUUUCAUUGUCAUGUUUAUACUUAGGUAUGUCUUCAGUUACCGUCCAACUGAUUUCCGGUGUUCAAUUCUCACUGCUGUAUCCAUCAGCUCCUCCAAUUGUUACUCGGACACCACAGUCUAUCGUACUAACUAGGUGGGGUCUCGGAGUUCUCAACAGCACUAUAGAUGCAAUUUCAGCUUAUCUACAGCACAGAUUCCAUGUGUUGUGUGUGUGUGUGCUCUGAAGGACCGAUUUCAGCUCUAGCAGAAGACCCAAGCCCUUUUUAAAAAACACUGAACGUCGGCCGAUCUUAUAGAGAGGAACGGGCCGCAUCGAUUAGUAUUGUUUGGGCGAAAACUCGCAGCGGCACUCUGCAGGAUAAAAUUAAUUAAUCGGCCGUCGUCGAGUAGUAUCCUGGCCUCAUCCGUUCUAGGAUGAUAGUUAAUUUUUCAUUACUCCAUCCAACCAAAGGUUUCCCUGACAAACCCACUGUUACGUGUAGUGUAUAGUGUUAAGCCGCUCAUCCUACUUGGUUCUGAGACAUAGUAGGCUUUUCCAACAGAGUACCAACUUUCUAAAUUUCCGUUGGUUGGUAUUUCCGUAAUUUUUCUGUGCAGCUCUUUACAUCUACACUCCAAUCGUUCGUUCACAAUCGUUCUCCAAUCGAUUCGUUCACAAACCGUCCAUUGAUGCAAAAACUUUGUUCACACAGCUCUUAUUCAUUCACGAAAGUCCUUUAUGCAUUUCGAACCUCUCUGUCUAUCCACAACGCAGGCCGACCAUCACUCACCGGCCAUAUUCGGCGCUUAUUGACAGUGGAGCUGGCUUUUUGACCACAGGAAAUGAUUGUUGAGGUUCUGGCUUGCGCCCCCCUGGUUAGGUGACGUAAGGACUAUAGAUAGAAGUAAAAACCAUCUAUAUUUUGUUAUAUAGACAGAUGACUUAUAAAAUAAAGGACGUCUGACGGACCUUCUUGUAGGUAUAACAUGUCACUCUGUCUCCAGUACCAGAGAUCCUAUUUGGGCCUUUUACUGGAAAUAUGCCUACUUGGCGGCUUUGGAAUUUGCCACAUGGUUAAAUUUUCGUAAUCCCUGUCAGUAACAACAAGUUUGCUUGCCCUGAAAUUCCAAUUAGAUCGCUGUGUCCCGAUUUCAGCAUUUGAAUUUUAAAUAGCGUAGAUGAAUAAAUGUACCCGAACCAUCAAUCUCUCCCUUGGGAUCCAGAAUUGAGAUAUAUGUAAUCGCUAGUUCUCGUGUUGAUACUUAUAUACUACAUGAUAAAUUCUUUAUUGAAGACUGUGUUCAAGAAAGCCAACUCGCAUUUGACUGUCAUUUGCUCCUAGGGCAGCUGCUAUCUUAUCACUUGUCUCAAAUCCUGGCGCACCUUUCUACCAAGUUUGUUUGAGGGGGGGUAAGUUUGUGUUGACCAUUCAAGGUUGACAGGAAAGUAGAAAGAGUGACGCCUGCUGCUAUUCGGUAGCGUUUGAAUGGGAGUUCCGAUGUUCAAACUGUUGAAAAAAGUUUUCUUUCUAACCUUAAGCAAGUAGGGUCCCACACGCCAAUCUUAAUGCUAGGCCAUUGCGGUGACAAUUUCUGGUUAGUUGGUGUAUCACUGUCGGCCAUCUUUGCUGCUAUUGUCUUAAGCGUGCCUAAACCCUGAGAACAGAUUUUGAAAGUCGAAAGUUGUUGGCGCGAUUGACUGCACCGAGAACUGGAUUUCGGGCACUAACGAACCCCUCAGCCGUCUUUCUCUGUUCCAUAGCUUCCGCGCCGUCCGAGGCGACUUUUGCACAUCUCGAAAACGUUGGGUAAAAUGUUUGGACCAUUUGGCCCGCAUGUGCACACUCACCUCUAGGUACUUGUGCCACGUCAGCCAGCGAACCCGUUAUACAGUGACUUCACAAAGAGUUUAUGGGGUGUCUUUUCGUCGGCAUGAUUAUCUGUUGUGCCCGCAUUCGAAGGUGAACACUUCCCCCUACCUCCCCAGCGCAACGAGUUAAAAUUUCAUGAUAGUCCGGACGGCAGGUGAGGCCGUAUAUGAUCGCAGACGGCAUUCGUCACGCUGUAAUAUUUCUGUGGCUGAAAUCUUUGUACAAAUAAACAGUUUUCAAGUUCAGUGCGCAGCCCCGCCUAAAGUUGGUAUCUCAGCAUGGUCCGCAAUCAUUUGUUCGGAACCAGCCCUCGUUGAGGGCCGUUCCGGUAUCCUCCACAUGUUGGACGUUCACGUAACAGGCAGGCUUCCAUUGCCCCACGUCUCAGACGCCAUGAACGGCAGUCACGUCACUGAGAAACGGGGGUAGUUCCGAAAUCGCACCGAUACCACUGAAGCAGUCAAACUUAAUAUCCAGCAUAUGGAGUUUUUGCGUGGAUUGUGCGAGGCUGUCGUAUGCUCUCACUCGUUUAUCCUCGCAUAAAUCUCUCUCAACUCCGGAUCAACUCUAGCGUCAAAUUUGACUUACAAGUGCAAACUUUUCCUUUUAGUUAAGCGCAAUACAAGUAAUUGCAUUCUUUUGUUAGGUUAUGAGAUGUUGACUCGCCCCCCCCCGCUGCCCCGAACAGCUUCGACCAACGCUAUUUCCAAAUGAAUGCGCUGACUGUGUUUUCACAGUCAGCGUCUUUUAUUUUCCUCCGUCCCACUUAUGUGAUAGCACGAUUAGGUAAGGGGACGUGCGCCAUUAUGAAGAAUGUUUGGUCAAGUUUGUUGUCUGUUUGGAAAUAAGUGAAGUAAUAAGUUCUUGUGACGGUCGGGUAGUCUCUUUGCCAGUGCGGCGCCUUUAAUCCUUUUGUUGAGGAUGCUUCCGCCAAAAUACAGUAGAUGUGCUAACUCAUGAAAUGUCAACCAAAAUUUCGAAAUGCGUUCUCGUUUCGAAAAAAUAAAUUAAGUAAUGUUGUAAAACUGAUCAUGAUGCAGCGUAAAUCUAUAAUGAUCCAGUUACCUCAGGGUGUCGGCUUUCGAAAGAACUUAUUUUCGGCUGCAUGCAAGAUCUAAACUCUGCAAAAAAUGACUACUUAAGUAGUAUGCAAUUUCCUCAUUGAUUUUCGAUGCCCCUGAAAAUUUUAAUUAUAUUUCAUGGAAAACAUGCAUAACAAUAUUCAUUUUUUUACUUAUUCGGUAUAAAAUCACGUCUUCUUCCAAUUUCAUAUUCAAAAGAAGAGUAUAAUUCGGUUUUAAAAAAGUUUCCGAUUGUGAGAUUUUUUAAUACCGUUAAAUGGCCGUUCAUGAAACGUCAUGUAUCUGCAUUUACGAAUGUGGCUUGUAAAGUUAACAAUAUUGCAUGCACUUCUAUAUGGUGUUAAGAGGAGACCAUAUGAGGUUCAUAAAAUUAAACAGUGGAUUUGAGCAAUAUUGUUAAUUUUACAGACCACAUUCGUAAAUGCAGAUAUAUGGCGUUUCAUGAACGGCCAUUUAACGGUAUUAAAAAAUCUCACAAUUAGAAACUUUUUUAAAACCGAAUUAUACUCUUCUUUUGAGUAUGAAAUCGGAAGAAGACGUGAUUGUCUACCGAAUAAGUAAAAGAAUGAAUAUUGUUAUGCAUGUUUUCCAUGAAAUAUAGUUGAAUUUUCAAGGGCAUCGAAAAUCAAUGAGAAAAUUGCAUACUACUUAGGUAGUCAUUUUUUGCAGAGUAUAGAUCUGGCAUGCAGCCGAAUAUAAGUUCUUUCGAAAACAGACACCCUGAGGUAACUGGGUCAUUAUAGAUUUAUGCUGCAUUAUGAUUAGUUUUACAACACUACUUAAUUUAUCUUUUCGAAACGAGAACGCAUUUCGAAAUUUUGGUUGACAUUUCAUGAGUUAGCACAUCUACUGUAAUAGCUGGAGAAGCAAUGGUGGCCUGCCUGAAAGUCUCAGUCAGUGCCAUAUUUGCGUGUCUUCCGUCCUACUGACGACGUCGAUGACUAUAAGCGAAACGACGUUCCCACUCGUCGAUCAAUAUGAGCUGUAGACUGUUGAUUUUACGGGCCUCCAGUUAAUCUUGUCAUUUCUCCUUUCUGUCCUAUCAAAAAGGUUCAACCGCACUGCUUCAGUGGUUUGUCCGCCGCAUCCGUCACCUCCGUCAGAGCAUCAAGCGUCGUCCGCAAGAACCCGAUUGGCAUGCCUCCUCUACAGCGACCUUUCCCAUAUUCUACCAAAAUUCCAACUUCAUACCUCAGUCUGCAGCGGGUAAGGCACAGAUGCAGCUAAAACAGCCUGGACAAAGCAAAACGACGAUGAUGCAGGGUCUGGGCCGGCUGGAGAGGUUCUGUUCUGCCGAAAGUCCCCGCACCUACUUGAUAGGCGAGCUGGAGUCCGGCACCAACAGGUCCGCCUCAUACUGCUCCCAGACCUGUAGCAACCUCCGGCGUUGUUUAAGUCUGGCUGAACAUCAAAAACCUUCUUAUGACUACAUAUCCAAGCCACUGGCGGCACCCUUCUCCAUGGGUGUUAUUCCUGAGCACCCUUCCACAUCGAAUGUCUUCGAGACGUCGAUGGUGCCUCCUCCGCUUAAUCUGUCUCUCCCCCUUCAGUCUGCUACUCCGCUCGGCAGCAGUAGUCUUCCCUACCUUCCGCGGAGCCCAACUUUGCAGAGAACCUCCUCUAUCCACUAUCAACAGUGGCCUAAACCGGACCCCGCCAACUUCUCUUUCCUAUCUCUGAACGUUUUGCCCGCGCCCAUCAUGGAUAGCAGCCAACAGAGCGCCGCCGAGCGACUCUCACGUUCCGCCUCCAAGCUUCCGACACCGCUGGAGGGAGUCCCUGACACCUGUUCUCAGCCACCCUCCGAUGAUCGACAGGUGGUAGACACAGAGGUUGCUCUGGGCCGUGCUGAAAGACUAGCACGCAGUGGUCGUGACAGCGGUUUUAUUGACACGGGACCGCCAAUCUUCAGCCAAAUGGACUGUUCCACGUACUCUAUUAGCCGCAAUCCCUGCCAAAUGUCCAGCCCGGUGCAAAUGCAGCUGCAGCAGUCCAAGAGCCCCACGUUAGACCGCUGUCAGCCUGGUGGACUAAGAGGAACCCUCCGCAAAUUACCGUGUCCCUACGAAGCAGCAGACUACCAGCACAUUCUCAGCACCUGUUCUCCCGCCUUCUUGAACUCCUCAGGCGGAAUUUGGUGGACCACCGGCUACUCUGCGAGAACAAACCGACUCCUUGAUGGAGAGAAUAACCGUGCUAGCAAGAAUCUCAACUCGGUGACUUCACCGGCGAAAAUGGUCGGUGAACCAGACCUGGUUCAGGGAAAUCAGGCAACCUGA